UUGGAUGUACGACCAAUUUAAGAAAUGCUUUUCUGGGAAUAAUUUUUCCUCUCUCUCUCUGUUGUAGCUUGACGAAAUGCGUGCUACACAGUUCUGCUGUCAAGUGAUGUAUCGAUAUGCCCAUAUACUGUGGUUCAUCUGCACCGUUGUCGGCCUGUUUUCCGUCAUCAGACUUGCGCUAUACAAGGGGGGCAUAUUCAGCAGCGUAUCUACAUUCGGAGGCGACAGCACUCACUACAUCGACGGCGGAGCGAGCGUUGUUCCUGUCUUGUGCCAAUCCAAAAAGAACAUCGUGUUUCUCAAGACCCACAAAUGUGCCAGCUCUACUAUCAUGAACAUUUUCUUGCGCUAUGGUAUCACUCACAACCUGACGUUCGUCCUGCCCGCCAUAGACAGAACAAAUUACAUCGGUCACCCAGAAUACUUCAGCCGAAACCUCAUCAAAGACAUGCGACCUUACAACUACACGCACAACAUCUUGACGCACCACACGCGUUUUAACAAGACAGCGAUAGCUGAAGUGAUGCCUAAGGAUACCGUCUACGUCACAAUACUCCGAAGACCUGAAGACAUGUUCGACUCUUUGUACCAUUACUACGCCAUGAGUUCGAUGCUGGGGAAGUCACUAGCGAAGUUUGUAGAAGAUGAAACCUCCAUUAGAUACAUGGCCAACCGGAAAGGAAAAAAGUUCGGUUUCAAUCAGAUGUGUUUCGAUUUAGGUGCAGACAGGCAAAACGUGACAAACACAACAGGAGAGUUCAUCGACUUCUUAGAACAUACAUUCAAUUUGAUCAUGAUAGCUGAAAGACUCGAUGAGUCACUGGUACUGCUCAAAGACCUCCUAUGCUGGACAGUAGAAGAUGUUGUGGUGUUCAAGUUGAACGCGAGACAGAGUAAAUACAAAGAAACGAUCAGUUCCAAAGCGAAGGAGAAGCUACGAGAAUGUAAUAGCGCUGAUGCGAGCAUUUACGAUCAUUUCUUGCAAGUGCUCGACAGGAAGGUAGCCACCUUCGGUACUGAGCGCAUGGCGCAGGAGGUCGAUCAACUCAGGCGGCUAAGAGAGUCUUACUCUAAUCGAUGUAUCAACACGACAGUUCCGGUUCGUGGCAACUGCGUGUUAGCGUUCCAGAGAAAGGAUCAGAGUGAACUGUGUCGUUACAUGACGCUGUCUGAACUGGAGUUCCACGCUUUAAUUGUAAGGCGGCAAAAUCAGAUGAUACAAAAGCAAGGUUAGGUCGUACGCAUGUGAUAACAAAUUGUAAUGUUUUGCGUUAUGCGAGAGUUGUUCAAGGUUGACCGAGGCUUUUCUUUCUUUAAACACGUCGGAAAAUUCGGGAAGCGCCAAGCUACGUCAGUUUCUCAAAGUAUUCACCGAGUCCAUCUAGGCACCGCUACCAUC